UACAGUGGUCGUUGGUCGUGGAUGAGGUGCUUAUAUCGUUAUACACUCUGAGGUCAAGUUUUCAACUAAGAUGAUCGUAGCCAUAGCGUUAGUCCUGGUCACAUUCCACCUAAGCGACGCUCAAUUAAACAUUGGCACAGCUGGAAAUGUCUUAAAAAAUACGGAAAAUGCGGUCGAAAACACGGGAAAUGCCACCGAAGUAACGGCAAAAAGAGGUAGAUUCCUAAGGACGUUAUUUUCCGACGACGACACUCCCUACGAAUUUUCCUACUGGAAUCGCGAUCUUGGAAACGAACAUCCCAUCGUAUUUACGAUAGGCCAAGAAAAGGAUUUGCUCAAAUAUUGGAUAAAGGGAGAAGAUCUGAAAGUCGUGGUACACGGUUGGCGGGCAACGAUUCUAAACUGUUAUGGAGUAUUUAAGAUUAAAACGGCGUACGUGGAUGUUACCAAGUUCAACGUUAUAACUAUGGACUGGAGCGGAAUUAGCAACCAAUCGUAUUAUCAAUCGGCUUCAGAGACGCCGAGGGUGGGCUCUGUCAUGGCUAAAAUGCUGGAGAACCUGGUUCAGUUGGUCACUCUCGAUUCGGGCAAAAUCCACUUGAUUGGCCACAGUCUAGGCGCCCACGUUUGUGGAGCUUGCGGCGCUGCUUUCAAAAUUGGCAAAAUCGGCCGAAUAACAGGUUUAGAUCCCGCGUGGCCCCUUUUCGAAGAGGGCGACAUCCCUCAUUUGGACAAAACCGACGCCCUUUUCGUGGAUGUUAUUCACACGGCAGCAGGAGCGGCGGGGUAUUCAUCAUCCUUAGGGCACGUGGACUUCUUCCCGAACGGAGGAGUUUUUUCACAGCCUGGUUGUUCGUAUUGGUUUGGUUGGUUUGGUUGGUUGGUUGGUAUCCGAAUGAAUAUUUUAGCUUGGUGACAUGUGCUCACGCUAGAGCAUACGAAUUGUAUACCUACUCUGUAUAUCACAAUCGGUCUAUGUUGGCCACAAAAUGUGCAUCGUGGGACUUUUACGAAACAGGUCAUUGCGAAAACAAUCC